CAGUAUCUCUCUCUCUCCGGUGGUGAACCACGCUCUCCAGAUCCUCCGGUCUCUCUGAGAGGUAGGUAGCGGUGAAGCGCCUCCAUUUUACCCGCCUGGCGGACGGCUCCCCCCCGGAGCCCGCAGCGCGCUCGCCGGUCAUCAGGCGGACAGGCUGCCGCGGUGCGGAUCACGCUCCCCGCCGGGGGAAGACGGACGCGCUCCUCCCCAGACAGAAGCGGCGCCGAGCGGAGACAUGACGGGGGCUUUCAGCACGCCGUGAUCCGCAGGAGCGGGAGGUGCUGAGGAAGGCCAGCCGGGGUUAACAGCAUCAGAGCCGGGCAGGACUGCGGAGAGAGCGGCGGGCAGGGCUGCGGAAGCGGAUUGGAGCUGACGAGCUUCUGCUGCUGAGAAUAAUAUACCAGGAGAGAUCAUUAACACAUUGAGACCGUCCAUCCGCCCACCAGCACCCGUACGCCAGCACCAGCCUCAUCACAUACACACACUCACACACACACACUCGCACAGAUGGCGCUGGAAAACUCCACCUUCUCCUCCCGGCCCGAGUCCCUGUCUCUGCCCGUCCCGGAGAAAGGGGAGGAGCCUGCGGAGGAGGCUAAAGAAGAUGCUCCUCCUCCCACAGGCGUGUUUAACGUGUCGGAGGAGCUCGGUCACGUGGUGACCACGGAGACGUCCCCGGCCCCGCAGCCGCCCACCAGCAACAACAUGUCCUUCCAGGACAAGAUGGCCGCCCGGGAGGCCCAAGCCAAUCAGCCCCGGAAGAAGCUGCAGGGGGCGGGGCAAGAGCGGGGGAAGUUCGGCUGGGGGCGCAGUAAGCGUAAGCGUAAGCGUCAGCGCUACGUGGAGAAGAACGGCCGCUGUAACGUACAGCACGGGAACAUGCGGGAGACGUACCGCUACCUGACCGACAUCUUCACCACCCUGGUGGAUCUGAACUGGCGCUGCUCGCUCUUCGUCUUCGUCAUGGCCUACGCCGUCACCUGGCUCUUCUUCGGAGCGAUCUGGUACCUUAUUGCGUACUGCAGGGGAGAUCUGGAUCAUCUUCAGGAUGAUACGUGGACACCGUGUGUGGAUAAUGUUAAUAGUUUUAUCUCGGCGUUUCUCUUCUCCAUCGAGACCGAGACCACCAUCGGUUACGGGCAUCGCGUCAUCACCGACCAGUGUCCUGUAGGCACCAUGCUCCUGCUGCUGCAGGCCAUACUCGGCUCCAUGGUCAACGCCUUCAUGGUGGGCUGCAUGUUUGUGAAGAUCUCUCAGCCGAAUAAGCGUGCGGAGACGCUGGUGUUCUCGCGGAACGCGGUCAUCUCUCUGAGGGACGAUAAGCUGUGUCUGAUGUUCAGAGUCGGAGAUCUGAGAUCUUCACACAUCGUCGGAGCCAACAUGAGAGCCAAGCUCAUCAAAUCCAAACAGACUCAAGAGGGUGAGUUUAUUCCUCUGGAUCAGACGGAUAUCAGCGUGGGAUUCGAGACGGGGGACGACCGUCUCUUCCUCGUGUCUCCGCUGGUCAUCUCUCACGAGGUCGAUUCCCGCUCUCCGUUCUGGGACAUGUCUCAGUCCCAGCUGGAGAAAGAAGACUUUGAAAUAGUUGUUAUUCUGGAGGGCAUGGUGGAGGCUACAGGUAUGACGUGUCAGGCUCGGAGCUCCUACCUGGCGGAGGAACUGAUGUGGGGUCACAGGUUCAGCCCGAUGAUGUCAUUGGCUGAGGGGUUCUUUGAUGUGGAUUAUGGAGCAUUUCAUCACACUUUCGAGGUGGACACGCCCUCCUGCUCUGCUCGAGAACUGGCAUUGGCCGCCGCCCGAUUGGAGGCUCACCUCUAUUGGUCCAUCUCCAGUCGGCUGGACGAAGAGAAGUGGGAGGGGCCUAAUCUGACUGACCAAUCAGGAAAGCCCACGGAUUCUGAAUCCGUCAGCGGAAAAGAAGGAGGCGGUCCGACGUUUAUUGUGGGCGGAGUCACGGAAACCCCGGAGCAGUCGGUCGUGGGGGAACAGAACGGCAGCGUGACCACAGACCAGUCCGAGUCGGAGGCUUAGAGAGAGCGACGGCGCGAGAGAGCGACGGCGCGAGAGGGUUUUUUAGAGUUAGAAACAGAUAUUAAUACUAUAUUACACUUAGACUCGAUUGUGAAACAAUCCAUGCCUUCUUCUUCAACUUUAGCCGUUUAGUCGCUAAUGUAUAGCAUAGAAUACUUUUCCCCAACGGGGAAAUCUUACUCAUUACUGCUCUUUUAUUUGAUUGGUUGAUUGGGGUUGAUAUCAGACGUCUGAAACGGUGUUUUUAACGUAUGAAAUUUAAUCCAGAAUGCAGUUUCACUGUUCACACACUGUUCUACACACUGAAAUUACACAGGGUACGCUUUAUCGCAGUUGUUGGAAGCUCCAUGCAUCUUUAAUUUCUUCUUCAUAUAGAUCCUGUUACACUGAUGCAGAUCCUCAACCAGCGUUCACCAGCAUUCCUCCAGCCUUUAUUUAUUCUGCUUCUCACUACAGGUUCUGUACGCCCACUUUUCCACUGCAGGGCUGUGAAAGGUUCUUAAAACAUUGAAAAAGAUGAUGAGUAAAAUUUAAAAAGUAAAAAAAAGUUUAGCAACUUUCUGCAUUUGCUUUUUUUUCAAAUAAAUUUAAUUUCAGAUAAAUUUAAGUAACCUCAACUCGCUUUCAAGACUUAAAAAGAGUUACACAGAGUAAAUAAAUGAACUGAACUUCAGUCAAUCCUUUCUUUUAGUAAACUUUACUUCAUUUUUGCAUAAAAAUAUUACCAAAUUACAAUUACUUAAUUUAUACAAUAUUACUGAAAUGUUAAUAUUUUUAGUUAAAACACACAUUCAAAUAUUUACAUAAUCUCAAAUAUUUAUUUUGUCUCAACACAUGGAUGACAUGUAAUAUUGUUUUUAGGUAACUAAAGAGUUAAGUAAAGUUUACUAAAAAAAAGAAUUGAUUAAUUAAAAAAUAAAUAGAGUAAAGUUUACUAAAAGAAAGGAUUGAUUCAGUAAAAAUAAAUGAAGUAAAGUUUACUAAAAGAAAGGAUUGAUUCAGUAAAAAUAAAUGAAGUAAAGUUUAAUAAAAGAAAGGAUUGAUUCAGUAAAAAUAAAUGAAGUAAAGUUUACUAAAAGAAAGGAUUGAUUCAGUAAAAAUAAAUGAAGUAAAGUUUACUAAAAGAAAGGAUUGAUUCAGUAAAAAUAAAUGAAGUAAAGUUCACUAAAAGAAAGGAUUGAUUCAGUAAAAAUAAAUGAAGUAAAGUUUACUAAAAGAAAGGAUUGAUUCAGUAAAAUAAAUGAAGUAAAGUUUACUAAAAGAAAGGAUUGAUUCAGUAAAAAUAAAUGAAGUAAAGUUUACUAAAAGAAAGGAUUGAUUCAGUAAAAAUAAAUGAAGUAAAGUUUACUAAAAGAAAGGAUUGAUUCAGUAAAAAUAAAUGAAGUAAAGUUUACUAAAAGAAAGGAUUGAUUCAGUAAAAAUAAAUGAAGUAAAGUUUACUAAAAGAAAGGAUUGAUUCAGUAAAAAUAAAUGAAGUAAAGUUUACUAAAAGAAAGGAUUGAUUCAGUAAAAAUAAAUGAAGUAAAGUUUACUAAAAGAAAGGAUUGAUUCAGUAAAAAUAAAUGAAGUAAAGUUUACUAAAAGAAAGGAUUGAUUCAGUAAAAAUAAAUGAAGUAAAGUUUACUAAAAGAAAGGAUUGAUUCAGUAAAAAUAAAUUUGGUCCUGCAGUGGAAAAUAAGCUUAAUUAACCUGUAAAUGGGAAAAACAGGCGUGUUUAAAGGCACCCUAAACCCUCUGGGGUCCACAAACUCAUCAGCCACCUCAAUAUUUCUAUUAAUAUCUUUGAGACGUACAGCACAAAAAUACAUUUAAUAUUUUAUAAAUCCUAAGAACUGACAGAGCGCUAGCAACCAAACAGUGUCAGAGCUAACUGAGCAGUAGUGAUACUAACUGAGUGGUAGAGAUGCUAAUGGAACAGUUUAAUAGCUAACUAAUGAUUACUGAUGCUAACUGAGCAGUAGGGAUGCUAACUGAGUGGUAGAGAUGCUAACUGAUCUAUAGUAAUGCUAACAGAAUGGGGUCAUCGCUAAUUGAGCGGUAGUGAUGCUAACUGAUCAUUACUGAAGCUAACCGAGAAGUAGUGAUUCUAACCAAGCAGUAGCAAUGCUAACUGAGCGGUAGUGAUGCUAACGGAACAGUGUCAGAGCUAACUGAUCAUUACUGAUGCUAACCGAGCAGUAGUGAUUCUAACCAAGCAGUAGCAAUGCUAACUGAGCGGUAGUGAUGCUAACGGAACAGUGUCAGAGCUAACUGAUCAUUACUGAUGCUAACCGAGCAGUAGUGAUGCUAACUGACCGGUAGUUAUACUAAAGGAACAGUGUUAUAGCUAACUGAGCAGUAGUGAUGCUAACUGACCGGUAGUUAUGCUAACGGAACAGUGUUAUAGCUAACUAAGCAGUAGUGAUGCUAACUGAGUGGUAGAGAUGCUAAUUGUAUAGUUUCAUAGCUAACUAAUUAUUACUGAUGUUAACUGAGCAGCAGGGAUGCUAACUGAUUGGUAGUGAUGCUAACAGAAUGCAGUCAUUGCUAACUGAAUGCUAGUGAUGCUAACUGAGCGGUAGUGAUGCUAAUGGAACAGUGUCAGAGCUAACUGAGCGGUAGUGAUGCUAAUGGAACAGUGUCAGAGCUAACUGAGCGGUAGUGAUGCUAAUGGAACAGUGUCAGAGCUAACUGAUCAUUACUGAUGCUAACCGGGCAGUAGUAAUGCUAACUGAGUGGUAGAGAUUCUAAUGGAAUAGUUUCAUAGCUAACUAAUUAUUACUGAUGCUAACUGAGCAGUAGGGAUGCUACCUGAGCAGUAGUGAUGCUAACAGAUGGAUGCUAACAGAACGGUGCGAUAGCUAACUGAGCAGUAGUGAUGCUAAAAGGACAGGGGUUAAAUUUGAUGCAUAUACAGAAGGAAAAUAGCUCAUUUUAUUGUAUUAUCAGAACUGUGUUAAUAACUGAAUCACUUUGGGGUGGAAUUCGAGUUUUUGGCGAGUUUGUGGACUCAGAGGGUUAAAAUCAGUAAUAUAAAUCACACAGCAAUCGUCUGGAUGUUAAAUUUACAGUCUCUUGUGCUCGAUGUUGAGUUUUUUUCAGUGUAAAUGUAGAUUUAUUAAUCUUUACCUUUCAGCGGAUUAACUUGUUAAAUACUGUCUGUAUAUAAACGUAACCGAGUCCAUCACUUUACAGAGUAAGAGCUGAUCCGGGGUCAGCGUGGAGCUUUAGGUGGUGCCUUUUUUAGAAUAUUCUGGACUCAGAUAGACGUGAUCAUAUAGCUAUAAUAUAUAAAUAUAUAUACUAACCAAUGAUAUAACUACUAUAGAUUAAUCGUGGUAAAGUUACUGCUCGAGUCCAGGUUAAACUGCUUGAGUCCUGCAUUAAAGGGAGUAAAGGGAGUUUAUCUGUUUAGAUAAGUUUUUUAGAUGUAAAAAAAAUCAUGAUAUAAAAUUUACAGUGAUGGAAACAGACGUCCAGGAACAUUAAAUUCAUCAAAAGCCCAAAAUAUACUGUACUGACUGUCUGCUGUAGCAGGAGGGAAUUCGGACACGCCCUCAUCAUUAACAUGCGCCAGCGCCGCUCGCAUAAACACACACAUUUAAAGUUAGCGAAGUUCUGAGCUGAUCAUGAAGUCAUUAUUCUCUCUGAUUGUUAAAUUUACCCUGUUUAAAAGAUAAUCCUAAAAUGAAUGAUCUAAUUUACCUGGAGAAAACCUGAAAUUAACAGCGUACACCGGCUCACAGUGUUGCCAGAUUGGGUGGUUUCAUGUCAAAUGUCAAGUUGUGUCUGAAAUUGUCUGGAGGAAACACUCUGAUUUGACGUGUUGAAGUGUUACCAAGUGUGAGAGUUCGGAAAUUGAACUCAUCAGUGUUGUAGAUAUCUAAAAAGACAGAGCUCUUAGUCUUGCUGAUGGAAAGGGUACUCAUCAGUGUUUUAGAUCUCAGAAAAAAAGACAGAGCUUUUAGUCCUGCUGAUGAAAAGGGUACUCAUCAGUGUUUUAGAUCUCAAAAAAAAGACAGAGCUUUUAGUCCUGCUGAUGGAAAGGGUACUCAUCAGUGUUUUAGAUCUCUAAAAAGACAGAGCUUUUAGUCCUGCUGAUGGAAAGGGUACUCAUCAGUGUUUUAGAUAUCUAAAAAGACAGAGCUUUUAGUCCUGCUGAUGAAAAUUUGAAUUUUGGUUCGUAUGUCCUAUGAUACAAUGCAUAAAACACAUAUAUAAUACAAACAUGAUGAUGAAAGCGUUGUAACAGUUAAACAUGUUUUUUUUUAACGUAAUUAGUGAUAUUAUUUAAGAUAUUUAAGGUAUUUUAGUUUAUUUAAGAUGAUAUGAUCGAUGAACAUCAGCUGUUUGGGUGUUUUUCUCAGUAUUUUGGCAGAUUUGAAACACGUUUUACCCUGUGAAUUGGUUUUAUUUGAAUCCCUCUGUAACAAUCUGGCAACCCUGAUGGCUCGGCGUCCGCUUCGUUUGUUCGGCUGUCUGUCGCUUAGUAGCGAGACUCGCAAUGCAUUCUGGGACACGUUUAGCUCGCUUAGUAAGCAGCGAUGUUUACUAUAAAUCAUGAUGCAUUAUGGGAGUUUAUAGUGCCCUCAAAAUCACGUUCGAAUUCCCCCUUACGAUUCAGACAAACAAAGUAAACAAAACUGUAAUGUUUUAUAAUCGUGUAGUGUGAACCAGGGAGGGACAUGACACUCCAGUACUGUGAUUGGACGGCAGUGAUAAUACCCAUAUAACCCUUAUAUUUAGAUUCUCAGUGCAUAUAAAUACAUUUGUUGUUACCCACUAAACUUAAACCACUCCCCCUCUGUUCUGUCGAUUUCUGAUUGGAUAUUUAAAGGCGUACUCAGGAUAAGGAUACAGACUAUUGUUUAUUCCUCUCUCGAUUAUUUAAGCACAGCUAAUGAAAAUUAAUAUUGUACGUAUUUAUUUAUUUAUUUUAUAUUUAUUUAUUUAAAUUAAGCAUAAUAGUAAGAGUUCUUUCAAUACAGGAAAAAAGUUGUUUAUGAAUGUUGAUUGCUUUAAUCACAUAUAUUGAUCUAAUUCAAAGCCAGGUUGUGUUGAGAGCUGAAGUUUGCGGCAGUAUGAACGAUCUGUGGAAGGUUGAUAGCAUUUGUAAAAAUAAAAAUGUGUAAUAACAGCAUUUCAAAGUGUAAUAUCUGUCAAAAAAUAUAUAUUUUAAAACUCCUCCCUUUAGAAUGUAUUAUUACGUAAGAGAGAAACUUCCUGCAAUACACUUUCCCCUCUGCCUUUCUGUUUCUUGUUACAGUUCUACGUCCCACCACUAGGGGCAGGCUAUAUGACUAAAUAUGCUAUUACAUGUCAAAAUACACUUUUUUGAGUAUAAAAAAUAUUCUGAAAAUAUACAUUUAUUUUAUCCCGUUUUCUACCCAAUUUACAAGGCCAAUAGCCCAACCCACUCAUUAGGGAGGAAAGCGCAGCGACUUGAUUCUGAUACAUCAUCUCACAGACGCAGCCUUGUGCUGAUCCACAUCACCCUAGGAGUGAUGAGGGGAAAGAGAAGAGCGCCAUCUACUGUACUGUACCCACCCAGAGAGAGAGCAAGACUAACUGUGCUCUCUCUCGGGACUCCGGCAGCUGAUGGCAAGCUGCAUGACCAGGAUUCGGACCAGCAAUCUCCAGAUCAUAGUGGCAGCGGGAUCACUUGAAGCCGCAUAUUCUGAACUUUUAAUAUCAAUGUUUUAAAUUCCAGCUUAUGCUCUGUUUGCAUCAGCAGCCGGAGUCUGAGAGAGAGUGAUAGGUGAUGCUGUUUCUCUCUGGGUGGGUACAGUAGGUGGCACUCUCCCUCCUCAUCACUGCCGUUGUGAUGCUGGUGAGUGCAGGUGUGUUUCCUCUGAGUGCACUGAGAUUCCACCUGUUGAUUUUGUGUUGAUUGGCUGCAGGUGUAGAGGGGGCGGAGUCUGGCUUCACAUGUAUUGGAGGAGGCAUGCAUUUGUCCUGAUCUUCCAAAUUAACGGAAAGAAUUGAAAUUGAUAAAGGAUAAACCUAAAAAUGAAAAAAAAGAAAGAAAAGAAAUGCUUUUAAUAUGACAGCGACAUGAUUUUUUUCGACAUAAUAGGUUUUAAUAAAACAUGCAGAAGGUCACAGAACUUUAAAGGAGAACUCCAGUGUGAAAUGGAAUUUGGAUGUAUUUAUUAAAACAUGAUAAAAAGUUCUUACCUUUGUUGAAUAGCCCACCUCUGCUUUCCUGCAGCUUUCUGAGAUCCAGUAUUUUGUCAAAUUUUUGCCCAAACAGACUUUAGAAUUGGUUUAAAUGGGGCAUACUUUGCCCCUGCAGAUAAAUAACUUUCUCCACUGUUAUCCAGGUUCAAAGUAGCUCCACACUUCUAAUUGGUAGAAUCCGGAGAGUUUUUAAAACUACACAAGACGUUUAUUAAAAAGCGAUGUUUACUUCCCAUAGCGCCGCCAUCUUUAAAUAUUUCUCUUAGAAGUCACAAUAAGUCAACCUUCGAGCUCGAGAACGAAUAAGUAGGAUAGUUUUAAGCAGAUUGCAAAAUUAAUUUCUUGGAAAUGCAUGAAUUCCAGCUGUUGCUAAAAAAAAUCUGGUUACUAUCGAAAUCAGAACGCUGAUGGUGGAUUUAUACUUUAGUGACUUAAAAUUAAAGAUGGCGGCUCCCAGAGAUUUACCUACGCUAUGGGAGUUUACCUACGUGGCUUUUAUGAAACUUUUUUGUGCAGUUUUAAAGCUCUAAAUGCCUUUUUUUGAAUGUCAGGGCUUUCUGGAUUCUACCAAUGAAGCAUAAAGCUACAUUGAGUCUGAUUAACAGUGGAAAAAGUGAUUUACUGUUUCUGCAGGGUUAAAUAUGCCCCAUUAAAACCCAUUGUAAAGCCUGUUUGGUCCCAAAGUCCAUUUCACAUCAUAGUUCUCCUUUAAACACUAAUAAAAUCUAUGUUUAGAAUUGUUUAAAGUAAAUUACCACACUGAAUGUUAUCCAGGGAACAGUGCUGUUCUCAGAUUCUAGAAAUUUCCAGACUCUCAAUAUAUCAGUAAUUUUAUUUAUAGAUUAUUAUAUAUACAGUAGGUUUUAAUGCUUGUCUAAAUGCACCAGUCUGGUGUUUGGAAUUAUGUAAGUCUGUAUCACUCCACAGGUUUAAUACAUUAAUAAAGUAAUUUUUCUCUGGCCCUGUAUGUAAUAUAAGUGUUAAUAUGGAACGAAUAGGGUUUGGAUGCUCCCUGUAGAGAUUGGAUGGUGUAAGCCUGGGCUGAUUCUGAUUGGUGGGGAGGAUGGUGGAGAGUGUGUGUUGUGUAUGUGGUGUGUAUGUGGUCUGGAGCUCAUGCAGGCAGAUCAGUGUUGCACAUACUGUACGAAAAGCACAACCCCCUCCUCAUCCCUGGACUCUGUUCCUCUUGCUUUUGCUGCUCUAGGCAUUUUUUAAAUCAGUGUUUUUAAUCUGUACGAUUACCUGUAUUAGAAACCACAAUAAAACUAUAUUCAACACGA